GACAGAGCAUGUUGAUGACGCGUUCCCCACAACAACAACAACAGAACUCAGCUGCUGUAAAGCUAACUAGCCGGCCUAGUUAUAUGAUAUUUCCUUUAUGCUUUCUCUUACAUUUUAAAAUUAUAUUGACACCGUCAUAUUUGUCCAUUUUUUAUUUCAUAAAGAUAAUGCAAUAAAAUCUGGAAUUCACUUCUUUAUUUCAAUAGAGUUUGAAAAUCUUUGUCUGUUAGCAUGUUAGCUGUAGAACCGUGUAGACCUUGGUUCCUUUUCACCUCCAUCUAAAGAACAGAAAUAUUUAUUGAAAAUACAUACCACAAGACCUCGCGGUGGAGAUUCUGACCUCCACCAGUAAACGCCAGCCUUUGGUCAGCUGUCGAAAAUGUCGCCACAGAAGAAACUUCUCGUCCCGGUCAGCAGCAGGCGGAAAGCGGCUGAUGACUUCUUCCCCUUCAACUCUCUACCAGUGGAGUGCCAGCUUCACGUCUUGUCCUUCCUGAACGAGGUGGACAAAUGCAGCUGCGCUCUGGUUUGCCUGAGCUGGAGCUGCCUGGUCCGAUCCUGGAAGCUGUGGCGGGUUGCUGACUACUCUCGUCGGGGUGUCUUCCAUCUUGGUCAGGAGGGGCUGCUGGUUUCUAACCGAGAGUUUGAGCGUUGGAAGUCCUGGGUUCACCAUUACACCCACCAUCUGAUCUCCAGGCGGGCCAGCCUGCUCACGCUAAAGGCCAGCUUCGAUCUCGGAGACCGCUGCAAUAAAUGGAGCGAGCUCCUGAGCCACCUGCUGGAUAACGUCCACUGCAGGGACCUCAGCCAUCUGGACCUCAAUUGGACCUUUACCCUCUUUGAGCCGUUGGACCUGCGGGUCCACUCCAGCUCCAGUUCACAUCAAGACAGCAUAACCAAGAUGGACCAGGUGACCAGCUUUCAGGAGCUACUUGGUAAACUCACCCACAGCUGCCCACGAAUCUCCAAGAUGCGUCUCCAUUUCGACUGGUCCGAUCUCUCCGUGUCCCUGCUAACUCAGUUCCAGCAGCUUCGGAUCCUCGAGCUGAAGUACUUCUGGGUCUUCAAACUCGUGACCCCCUCCACGCUGCAGACGCUCACCAAGUCCCUGCCCAACCUGAAGUCGCUGACUUUGCACAUCCUGGUGCCGCUGAGGAACCUGGGGAUCUCUUACACAUUGGAGUCGGAGUCUCUGGAGUUCCUGGACGUGUCGCCCAGCAGAGGUUUGGUUUUCUCCUGCCUGAAGCUGCCGGCUCUGAGAGAACUCAGGGCGAAGAAGAUAGUUCGAGGUAUUACUCUGGACCGGAGGACGAGGCUCAGGAUCCAGAGCCGCUGGCCUUGUCUGUACAACGUCCUCCAGCAGGGGACGCCGAAGCUUCAGGCUCUGAACAAUGAGAGGCUCCUUCCUACCUGGAGGGAGAAGAGCUACGGGGAACUAAAGACCAUCCUGGAACAGUCCUGUUACUGUAUGCAGCAUCUGGACAGCUGGCUGUGGUAGUCUGCUAACUGAGACCAAACAGCAGAGCACUGCUUUUACUUGACAUUAUGACUAUUAUCGCAACAAAGCUGAAUCCACAAAGGGACACAGAUGUUGCUUAUUGCUGCAGAUGAAAUAUUCGAUUUGUCUGCAGGAAAACUCACUGAAACAAGGCAAUGAUGCACAUGGGGUUUAUAAACAUUUCUUUAAAAAUCUGCAAAAAGCAAAGCUGCUUCUUGCUGAUCGUACUCUUUAGCACUGGUCAGGAAAAAAAGAGCCACAUGAUGUGGAUCGGGACAUCAUAUAAAGCAUAAUCUCACCUUGAAGUUGUUAAAAUGUGUUGUUCUUGUGAAUAUAAGAAACAACAGAGAAUGAAGGCAAAAUAUUUGGGGGAAAUUUUUAUUUCCUCUAAAUCAAAAUGAAACUAUAUGAAUUAAUGCGUUCUGAUUUCAGUUGCAUAUUUAAAGAAAAAUAAUAAGAUUGUAAUCCGGCUACAUCCAAAUUAAAUCCCCAAAUGUAGAAAUGCAAGCUGGUGCUCUAAUCCAAACAUUUUAACAAAUUUUUAUUUUAACUGGUUUUCUUCAGCGUCUAAAACAGGAUGAGCUAUUGAUAAAGAUUUAUAUUUGAGACUGGAACAUUAAGAGAAAACAGAAUUGAGCGAGGAAGUAAAAAUGUCUCCGAAGUUCAUUCCAAAUCCGUUAAUUUAGAAAAAGGAAAAUCUUUAAAUUAUGAACUGAUGUAUAAAUAUCCA